GAAAAAUUUUCAAAAAAUUCGAAAAGAGAAAAUAAGAAGAAAACUAAAACGGAGACUGGUGGGGAAAGUGGUACGAAUUCAUCUGAAACUAUAAGUAAGAGGCAGUGUUGGGCAGAGCCGUAAACCUUCAUCUUAUGCGUUCGCGCGCGUGUUAUAAAGAUUUACCAUUUGUGAAGGAACCCGCAUAUCGGCAUAACGCAUUAUAUAUUUGCAUAAAACUGUGAUGUUUGUGUGUGCGGUUCUCAAUUAAAAAGUGCAAGGUGAUUGUUUUGAUAAGAAAAAAGAAAACUUAGCGUGUAUUAUGACGGCGGCAGCUUUCCUGAGCGAGGAUGAAAAGCCAGAGAAAAAAUAUAUAGAACAUACAUCUACAUACAUUUCACAAGGCAAAAGGAGAGACUAUGAGUGGCAAAUAGUAUGGAGAAACGUGCUAGCUUUUAUUUACCUUCAUGCGGCGACUUUUUACGGCUUCUAUCUGAUAUUCGUAGGCAAAACGAAAAUAUUGACAAUAAUUUUUGCGCUAGUAUUUUCGGCCAUGUCGGCGAUGGGGGUGACAGCAGGCGCGCACCGGCUUUGGGCGCAUCGGGCGUACAAGGCGCGCUGGCCGCUGAGGCUGUUCCUCGCUCUCCUGCAGACCAUGGCGUUUCAGAACCACAUCUAUGAGUGGGUUCGCGACCACAGGGUGCAUCACAAAUUUACAGAAACUGACGCGGAUCCACACAAUGCAAAGAGAGGGUUUUUCUUCUCGCACAUGGGAUGGCUGAUGGUGAGGAAACAUAAGGAGGUCUUCGAGAAAGGUGCUUCCGUAGACAUGUCGGACCUCGAAAAGGAUCCUAUCGUAAUGUUUCAGAAAAAAACAUACUUGGUAGUGAUGCCGCUACUCUGCUUCAUCUUCCCUGCGUGGAUACCCGUCGCGCUUUGGAACGAGAACCCUUGGACCUCCUGGUACGUGGGCUCAAUCCUGCGGUACACCAUCUCGCUCCACUUCACCUGGCUCGUCAACUCUGCGGCGCAUGUAUGGGGCAAUAGGCCUUAUGACAAAUACAUAGGCGCCACAGACAACAAAGCUGUUGCGAUAUGCGCGUUCGGCGAGGGAUGGCACAACUACCACCACGUGUUCCCAUGGGAUUACAAGGCAGCUGAACUUGGCAACUAUAGUACAAAUGUAUCGACAGCAUUGAUUGACUUCGCCGCUAAAUAUGGUUUAGCGUACGAUCUCAAAACAGUUUCCCUUGAAAUGAUACGCAAAAGGGUGGCAAGGACAGGGGACGGAUCUCACCCCUCAAGCAAGAAAAUUGAAGAGAGUAACGAAGACCACCAUCACCCUGAAAACCCCGUGUGGGGCUGGGAUGACAAAGACUUAACAGAAGAAGAGAGAAAGCUAGCUGAAAUUGUUCAUAAACUAAAGUAGAAUAAGAUACUUCGUUACUUUUUUAUCAUAAAAUGUGUUAAUAAUUAAAUAUGUAAUCUAUCUAAUAGUAGCUAUAAUAGCAGACUGAGCUUUACUGAUCAGCUAGGCUAGCAUAACGCUACAUUCCGGAUCAUCAGAUUUGCAUCAACCAAUGGCUAUAAUGACUAGUAACUACGAACGAUAUUUACCUAACGGCCGAAACUAUUGAUAGUAAAUAAUAAAAUCAAUCCUAUCUGUAAUCUGUUGAUAAGCUAGCAAUGGUCUUUUUUGACAAAUAACAAUGUUGCUAUGUAACUUGUCGACAGAUUACAGAUAAAGCGACUGGUAAUGACUAGUAGAGUAUAUAGGUACACUACAGUUAACGAUUAACUUUCAAAGGCCCAAUGGAAAGAAAUGACUUAUAUUAUAUUGGAUAAACUAUUUUGUAUUUUAUUUAUUAAAGUGUUUUAUCUACACUUCCAAGAUUCCGAAGUGAAUAGUUAAUACCCAACAUUCCGUAAACUAUUUAAUAAAAUUAUUAUAAAAUAGAUUGCAGAUGGUAUUGCAAAUAUAGUUUUGGCCGUUAGUAAAUAUUGAGAGCUUGAUUCGAGUCAAUGCCCUCAGAAUGCCGUCGGAUAGCAGGUUGAUACUUUAUUUAAAAAAAAAAACAAAGAAAAAGGUGUGUAAAGAAAAGUGUCAUCCUAAUUCACCCUCUAAAAUGUCAUGCUCCAUAUUAGUUCGUGUUUUCCUUUAUGCAUUUUCUUUUAUUAGAUACACUAAUUGUUUAAUGUAUAUCUAAAGCACUAGCUAGAUACACUAGUUGUUAGAAUACUUACCUAUACUUGUGUUACUAUCGGUGCCUAUAAAAUUACUUGUCUCAAGCUUGCCUACCUAUAAUAUUCAUAGGCACCUACUUAUUUGAUCUAUUUUAUUUACUUAGGUACCUGCUCGUAUUCGUACUUCUUGCACAAAAUUAAUCUUAGUAGGAACUUUUUCUUUCCUUUCGACUGAUAAUUAUAAUAUUUAAUUUUAUUCUUAAAUUCUAAUAAAUUAUUUAUUAUUAGUAGAUAUAAAACUCUGAUCAAAACUUUGGUUACUUAUUUUAUUAACCGUCUAGGUAAAACUAACCAAAGUUUUUUGAACAAACUUGGAUUAAGUAUAGAUAAGAACCUUUUAUAAUUCUAUGGUUAAUUCUACGCUUACAUAAGUUUGACCCUAUUUUUUCCUUCUUACUCACUUGUGAUCUUUCUGAGUGCGCAAGUUACAAUUUUCAUUAUUAUGUAAGUACAAAAUAUAUUUUCAUCAUUUUAUAAUAUUUAGACUAAACAAUUUCUGGACAAAAUUGAUGUAAAAGUUUCUAAAACUCGUCGGCAACCACGUGUGAUAAUGUUUAAGUAAAAAGUAACAAUUGUAUACGUCUAAAAAGAAUUAUCAUUAUUUUUUAACGUUUUGUUAGAUAUUAUUAAAUUUUUAUCUACGUGGGAGCCAUCUAGCUUUUUCAUUAAAACUAGGUCUGAGGUCUGUGCAAUUCAAUAUACCUCUGGGGUGUACAAAAAUACCAUAAGUACUUCUCGGUGUGUUUUAACUUUGAAACAUAUGAAGAAACGUUCUAAACUAACGAGAAUUUAUUCAUGUAUUUAGAAUUCAUUCCAGUUCAUUAACUUGAAAUUGCUGGUGAAGUACUAAUAUUAACCACCCCGUCUUGAAAUUUUUGAAAAUCCUUACUUAAAUCCUUACUUACGAAAAUAAUGCAAAAUGAAGCAGUUUAGCUGUUUCUUUGUUUAUAUCAUGCUACUCAAUCAGUUUUAAUCACUUUGUAGGUAUAGAUUUUAUACAAGUGGC